CCCACAGCGGCAGCGGAAGAGGGCGGGCCGGGCGCGCCGCGGCUGCUUGCAGUCGCCGCAAGCGGCUACAUCAUAGAGCUCAGCGUGCAGUGUCACAGGCCCCGCAGUCCCGCCCAACAGAUGCACCGAGAUGCGCGUGCGCAGAAGGCGUCCUGGGGUGCCACCAGAAGAUACUACCUGGGUGCAGUGGAACUGUCAUGGGACUAUAUGCAAAGUGAUCCCGGUGAGCUGCCUGUGGACAUAAGAUUUCCUCCUAGAGUGCCAAGAUCUUUUCCAUUCAACACCUCAGUCGUGUACAAAAAGACUGUGUUUGUAGAAUUCACGGAUCACCUUUUCAACAUCGCUAAGCCAAGGCCACCCUGGAUGGGUCUGCUGGGUCCUACCAUCCAGGCUGAGGUUUAUGACACAGUGGUCAUUACACUUAAGAACAUGGCUUCCCAUCCUGUCAGUCUUCAUGCUGUUGGUGUAUCCUACUGGAAAGCUUCUGAGGGAGCUGAAUAUGAUGAUCAGACCAGUCAAAGGGAGAAAGAAGAUGAUAAAGUCUUUCCUGGUGGAAGCCAUACAUAUGUCUGGCAGGUCUUGAAAGAGAAUGGUCCAAUGGCCUCUGACCCACUGUGCCUUACCUACUCAUAUCUUUCUCAUGUGGACCUGGUAAAAGACUUGAAUUCAGGCCUCAUUGGAGCCCUACUAGUAUGUAGAGAAGGGAGUCUGGCCAAUGAAAAGACACAGACCUUGCACAAAUUUGUACUACUUUUUGCUGUAUUUGAUGAAGGGAAAAGUUGGCACUCAGAAACAAAGAACUCCUUGAUGCAGGAUAGGGAUGCUGCAUCUGCUCGGGCCUGGCCUAAAAUGCACACAGUCAAUGGUUAUGUAAACAGGUCUCUGCCAGGUCUGAUUGGAUGCCACAGGAAAUCAGUCUAUUGGCAUGUGAUUGGAAUGGGCACCACUCCUGAAGUGCACUCAAUAUUCCUCGAAGGUCACACAUUUCUUGUGAGGAACCAUCGCCAGGCGUCCUUGGAAAUCUCGCCAAUAACUUUCCUUACUGCUCAAACACUCUUGAUGGACCUUGGACAGUUUCUACUGUUUUGUCAUAUCUCUUCCCACCAACAUGAUGGCAUGGAAGCUUAUGUCAAAGUAGACAGCUGCCCAGAGGAACCCCAACUACGAAUGAAAAAUAAUGAAGAAGCGGAAGACUAUGAUGAUGAUCUUACUGAUUCUGAAAUGGAUGUGGUCAGGUUUGAUGAUGACAACUCUCCUUCCUUUAUCCAAAUUCGCUCAGUUGCCAAGAAGCAUCCUAAAACCUGGGUACAUUACAUUGCUGCUGAAGAGGAGGACUGGGACUAUGCUCCCUCAGUCCUCGCCCCUGAUGACAGAAGUUAUAAAAGUCAAUAUUUGAAAAAUGGCCCUCAGCGGAUUGGUAGGAAGUACAAAAAAGUCCGAUUUAUGGCAUACACAGAUGAAACCUUUAAGACUCGUGAAGCUAUUCAGCAUGAAUCAGGGAUCUUGGGACCUUUACUUUAUGGGGAAGUUGGAGACACACUGUUGAUUAUAUUUAAGAAUCAAGCAAGCAGACCAUAUAACAUCUACCCUCAUGGAAUCACUGAUGUCCGUCCUUUGUAUUCAAGGAGAUUACCAAAAGGUGUAAAACAUUUGAAGGAUUUUCCAAUUCUGCCAGGAGAAAUAUUCAAAUAUAAAUGGACAGUGACUGUAGAAGAUGGGCCAACUAAAUCAGAUCCUCGGUGCCUGACCCGCUAUUACUCUAGUUUCAUUAAUAUGGAGAGAGAUCUAGCUUCAGGACUCAUUGGCCCUCUUCUCAUCUGCUACAAAGAAUCUGUAGAUCAAAGAGGAAACCAGAUAAUGUCAGACAAGAGGAAUGUCAUCCUGUUUUCUGUAUUUGAUGAGAACCGAAGCUGGUACCUCACAGAGAAUAUACAACGCUUUCUCCCCAAUCCAGCUGGAGUGCAGCUUGAGGAUCCAGAGUUCCAAGCCUCCAACAUCAUGCACAGCAUCAAUGGCUAUGUUUUUGAUAGUUUGCAGUUGUCAGUUUGUUUGCAUGAGGUGGCAUACUGGUACAUUCUAAGCAUUGGAGCACAGACUGACUUCCUUUCUGUCUUCUUCUCUGGAUAUACCUUCAAACACAAAAUGGUCUAUGAAGACACACUUACCCUAUUCCCAUUCUCAGGAGAAACUGUCUUCAUGUCGAUGGAAAACCCAGGCCUAUGGAUUCUGGGGUGCCACAACUCAGACUUUCGGAACAGAGGCAUGACCGCCUUACUGAAGGUUUCUAGUUGUGACAAGAACACUGGUGAUUAUUACGAGGACAGUUAUGAAGAUAUUUCAACAUACUUGCUGAGUAAAAACAAUGCCAUUGAACCAAGAAGCUUCUCCCAGAAUUCAAGACACCCUAGCACUAGGCAAAAGCAAUUUAAUGCCACCACAAUUCCAGAAAAUGACAUAGAGAAGACUGACCCUUGGUUUGCACACAGAACACCUAUGCCUAAAGUACAAAAUGUCUCCUCUAGUGAUUUGUUGAUGCUCUUGCGACAGAGUCCUACUCCAUAUGGGCUAUCCUUAUCUGAUCUCCAAGAAGCCAAAUAUGAGACUUUUUCUGAUGAUCCAUCACCUGGAGCAAUAGACAGUAAUAACAGCCUGUCUGAAAUGACACACUUCAGGCCACAGCACCAUCACAGUGGGGACAUGAUAUUUACCCCUGAGCCAGGCCUCCAAUUAAGAUUAAAUGAGAAACUGGGGACAACUGCAGCAACAGAGUUGAAGAAACUUGAUUUCAAAGUUUCUAGUACAUCAAAUAAUCUGAUUUCAACAAUUCCAUCAGACAAUUUGGCAGCAGGUACUGAUAAUACAAAUUCCUUAGGACCCCCAAAUAUGCCAGUUCAUUAUGAUAGUCAAUUAGAUACCACUCUAUUUGGCAAAAAGUCAUCUCCCCUUAUUGAGUCUGGUGGACCUCUGAGCUUGAGUGAAGAAAAUAAUGAUUCAAAGUUGUUAGAAUCAGGUUUAAUGAAUAGCCAAGAAAGUUCAUGGGGAAAAAAUGUAUCGUCAACAGAGAGUGGUAGGUUAUUUAAAGAGAAAAGAGCUCAUGGACCUGCUUUGUUGACUAAAGAUAAUGUCUUAUUCAAAGUUAGCAUCUCUUUGUUAAAGACAAACAAAACUUCCAAUAAUUCAGCAACUAAUAGAAAGACUCACAUUGAUGGCCCAUCAUUAUUAAUUGAGAAUAGUCCAUCGGUCUGGCAAAAUGUAUUAGAAAGUGAUACUGAGUUUCAAAAAGUGACACCUUUGAUUCAUGACAGAAUGCUUAUGGACAAAAAUGCUACAGCUUUGAGGCUAAAUCAUAUGUCAAAUAAAACUACUUCAUCAAAAAACAUGGAAAUGGUCCAACAGAAAAAAGAGGGCCCCAUUCCACCAGAUGCAGAAAAUCCAGAUAUGUCAUUCUUUAAGAUGCUAUUCUUGCCAGAAUCAGCAAAUUGGAUACAAAGGACUCAUGGAAAGAACUCCCUGAACUCUGGGCAAGGCUCCAGUCCAAAGCAAUUAGUAUCCUUAGGACCAGAAAAAUCUGUGGAAGGUCAGAAUUUCUUGUCUGAGAAAAACAAAGUGGUAGUAGGAAAGGGUGAAUUUACACAGGACGUAAGACUCAAAGAGAUGGUUUUCCCAAGCGGCAGAAACCUAUUUCUUACUAACUUGGAUAAUUUACAUGAAAAUAAUACACACAAUCAAGAAAAAAAAAUUCAGGAAGGAAUAGAAAGGAAGGAAACAUUAAUCCGAGAGAAUGUAGUUUUGCCUCUGAUACAUACAGUGACUGGCACUAAGAAUUUCAUGAAGAACCUUUUCUUACCGAGCACUAGGCAAAAUGUAGAAGGUUCAUAUGAGGGGGCAUAUGCUCCAGUACUUCAAGAUUUUAGAUCAUUAAAUGAUUCAACAAAUAGAACAAAGAAACACACGGCUCAUUUCUCAAAAAAAGGGGAGGAAGAAAACUUGGAAGGCUUGGGAAAUCAAACCAAGCAAAUUGUAGAGAAAUAUCCACACACCACAAGGAUAUCUCCUAAUCCAAGCCAGCAGAAUUUUGUCACGCAACGUGGUAAAAGAGCUUUGAAACAACUCAGACUCCCACUAGAAGAAACAGAACUUGAAAAAAGGAUAAUUGUGGAUGACACCUCAACCCAGUGGUCCAAAAACAUGAAACACUUGACCCCGAGCACCUUCACACAGAUCGACUACAAUGAGAAGGAGAAAGGGGCCAUUACUCAGUCUCCCUUAUCAGAUUGCCUUACGAGGAGUCAUAGCAUCACUCAAGCAAAUAGAUCUCCAUUACCCACUGCAAAGGUAUCAUCAUUUCCAUCUAUUAGACCUAUAGAUCUGACCAGGGUCCUAUUCCAAGACAACUCUUCUCAUCUUCUAGCACCAUCUUAUAGAAAGAAAGAUUCUGGGGUCCAAGAAAGCAGUCAUUUCUUACAAGGAGCCAAAAAAAAUAAGCUUUCUUUAGCCAUUCUAACCUUGGAGGUGACUGGUGAUCAAAGAGAGGUUGGGUCCCUGGGGACAAGUGCCACAAAUUAUUCAGUCACAUACAAGAAAGUUGAGAACACUGUUCUCUUGAAACCAGCCUUGCCCAAAACAUCUGGCAAAGUUGAAUUGCUUCCAAAAGUUCACAUUUAUCAGAAGGACCUUUUCCCUACAGAAACCAGCAAUGAGUCUCCUGGCCAUCUGGAUCUCGUGGAAGGGAACCUUCUUCAGGAAACAGAGGGAGCGAUUAAGUGGAAUGAAGCAAACAGACCUGGAAAAAUUCCCUUUCUGAGAGUAGCAACAGAAAGCUCUGCAAAGACUCCCUCCAAGCUACUGGGUCCUCUUGCUUGGGAUAACCACUAUGGUACUCAGAUACCAAAAGAAGAGUGGAAAUCCCAAGAGAAGUCACCAGAAAAAACAGCUUUUAAGAAAAAGGAUACCAUUUUGUCCCUGAACGCUUGUGAAAGCAAUCAUGCAAUAGCAGCAAUAAAUGAGGGACAAAAUAAGCCCGAAAUAGAAGUCACCUGGGCAAAGCAAGGUGGGACUGAAAGGCUGUGCUCUCAAAACCCACCAGUCUUGAAACGCCGUCAAAGGGAAAUAACUCUUACUACUCUUCAGUCAGAUCAAGAGAAAAUUGACUAUGAUGAUACCAUCUCAGUUGAAAUGAAGAAGGAAGAUUUUGACAUUUAUGACGAGGAUGAAAAUCAGAGCCCCCGCAGCUUUCAAAAGAAAACACGACACUAUUUUAUUGCUGCAGUGGAGAGGCUCUGGGAUUAUGGGACGAGUAGCUCCCCACAUGUUCUAAGAAACAGGGCUCAGAGAGGCAGUGUCCCUCAGUUCAAGAAAGUUGUUUUCCAGGAAUUUACUGAUGGCUCCUUUACUCAGCCCUUAUACCGUGGAGAACUAAAUGAACAUUUGGGACUCCUGGGGCCAUAUAUAAGAGCAGAAGUUGAAGAUAAUAUCAUGGUAACUUUCAAAAAUCAGGCCUCUCGUCCCUAUUCCUUCUAUUCUAGCCUUAUUUCUUAUGAGGAAGAUCAGAGGCAAGGAGCAGAACUUAGAAAAAACUUUGUCAAGCCUAAUGAAACCAAAACUUACUUUUGGAAAGUGCAACAUCAUAUGGCGCCCACUAAAGAUGAGUUUGACUGCAAAGCCUGGGCUUAUUUCUCUGAUGUUGACCUGGAAAAAGAUGUGCACUCAGGCCUGAUUGGACCCCUUCUGGUCUGCCACACUAACACACUGAACCCUGCUCAUGGGAGACAAGUGACAGUACAGGAAUUUGCUCUGUUUUUCACUAUCUUUGAUGAGACCAAAAGCUGGUACUUCACUGAAAACAUGGAAAGAAACUGCAGGGCUCCCUGCAAUAUCCAGAUGGAAGAUCCCACUUUUAAAGAGAAUUAUCGCUUCCAUGCAAUCAAUGGCUACAUAAUGGAUACACUACCUGGCUUAGUAAUGGCUCAGGAUCAAAGGAUUCGAUGGUAUCUGCUCAGCAUGGGCAGCAAUGAAAACAUCCAUUCUAUUCAUUUCAGUGGACAUGUGUUCACUGUACGAAAAAAAGAGGAGUAUAAAAUGGCAGUGUACAAUCUCUAUCCAGGUGUUUUUGAGACAGUGGAAAUGUUACCAUCCAAAGCUGGAAUUUGGCGGGUGGAAUGCCUUAUUGGCGAGCACCUGCAUGCUGGGAUGAGCACACUUUUUCUGGUGUACAGCAACAAGUGUCAGACUCCCCUGGGAAUGGCUUCUGGACGCAUUCGAGAUUUUCAGAUUACAGCUUCAGGACAAUAUGGACAGUGGGCCCCAAAGCUGGCCAGACUUCAUUAUUCCGGAUCAAUCAAUGCCUGGAGCACCAAGGAGCCCUUUUCUUGGAUCAAGGUGGAUCUGUUGGCACCAAUGAUUAUUCACGGCAUCAAGACCCAGGGUGCCCGUCAGAAGUUCUCCAGCCUCUACAUCUCUCAGUUUAUCAUCAUGUAUAGUCUUGAUGGGCAGAAGUGGCAGACUUAUCGAGGAAAUUCCACUGGAACCUUAAUGGUCUUCUUUGGCAAUGUGGAUUCAUCUGGGAUAAAACACAAUAUUUUUAACCCUCCAAUUAUUGCUCGAUACAUCCGUUUGCACCCAACUCAUUACAGCAUUCGCAGCACUCUUCGCAUGGAGUUGAUGGGCUGUGAUUUAAAUAGUUGCAGCAUGCCAUUGGGAAUGGAGAGUAAAGCAAUAUCAGAUGCACAGAUUACUGCUUCAUCCUACUUUACCAAUAUGUUUGCCACCUGGUCUCCUUCAAAAGCUCGACUUCACCUUCAAGGGAGGAGUAAUGCCUGGAGACCUCAGGUGAAUAAUCCAAAAGAGUGGCUGCAAGUGGACUUCCAGAAGACAAUGAAAGUCACAGGAAUAACUACUCAGGGAGUAAAAUCUCUACUUACCAGCAUGUAUGUGAAGGAGUUCCUCGUCUCCAGCAGUCAAGAUGGCCAUCACUGGACUCUCUUUUUUCAGAAUGGCAAAGUAAAGGUUUUUCAGGGAAAUCAAGACUCCUUCACACCUGUGGUAAACUCUCUAGACCCACCGUUACUGACUCGCUACCUUCGAGUUCACCCCCAGAGUUGGGUGCACCAGAUUGCCCUGAGGAUGGAGGUUCUGGGCUGCCAGGCACAGGAGCUGUACUGAGGGUGGCCACUGCAGCACCUGCCAGUGCCAUCACCCCUCCCUCCUCAGCUCCAGGGCAGUGUCCCUCCCUGGCUUGCCUUCUACCUUUGUGCUGACCUUCGGUUUACUUCCUGCCCCACAUUGUCCAUGGCACCAUUAUUUUGCUAUGUUUUUAAACUAUACAGUCCUAGCAGACACUGCCUUGAAGCCGCCUGAAUUAACUAUCAUUAAUCCUGCAUUUCUUUGGUGGGGAGCCAGGAGGGUGCAUCCAAUUUAACUUAACUCUUACCUAUUUUCUGCAGCUGCUCCCAGAUUACUCCUUCCUUCCAAUGUAACUAGGCAAAAAGAAUUGAGGAGAAACCUGCAUGAAAGACCUCUCAGAGUCACCACUUCCUCUGCUGUAGAAAAACUAUGUGAUGAAAGUUUGAAAAAGAUAUUUAUGAUGUAAGCAUUUCAGAUUAAGCCUCAUACAUUUAAAAUAAAACUCUCAGUUGUUUAUUAUCCUGGUCAAGCAUGGAACAAAACAUGUUUCAGGAUCGGAUCAAUACAAUCUUGAAGUCAAAAGGCAAAUCAUUUGGACAAUCUGCAAAGUGGAGAUAAUACAAUAACUACUACAUUAAAGUCUGUUUCUGCUUCCUUACACAUAGAUAUAAUUAUGUUAUUUAGUCAUUAUGAGGGGCACAUUCUUUUUUUUUUUUUUUAUUAUACUUUAGGGUUUUAGGGUACAUGUGCACAAUGUGCAGGUUUGUUACAUAUGUAUCCAUGUGCCAUGUUGAUUUCCUGCACCCAUUAACUCGUCAUUUAGCAUUAGGUGUAUCUCCUAAUGCUGUCCCUCCCCCCUCCCCCCACCCCACAACAGUCCCCGGAGCGUGAUGUUCCCCUUCCUGUGUCCAUGAGUUCUCAUUGUUCAAUUCCCACCUAUGAGUGAGAACAUGCAUGAGGGGCACAUUCUUAUCUCCAAAACUAGCAUUCUUAAACUGAGAAUUAUAGAUGGGGUUCGAGAAUCCCUAAGUCCCCUGAAAUUAUAGAAGGCAUUCUGUAUAUAUGCAAAUGUGCAUUUUUCUGACGAGUGUCCAUAGAUUUAAUCUCAGAAAGAUGUACAUGCAAAGCCAUUUGGUCUUAAUUCUGACCAAUAAAAAAACAAGUCAGGAGGAUGCAAUUGUUGAAAGCUUUGAAAUAAAAAAUGUCUUCUUGAAAUUUGUGGUGGCCAAGAAAGAAAAUGAUGAUGAUAUUAGGCUUCUAAAGGACAUACAUUUAAUAUUUCUGUGGAAAUAAUGAGGAAAAUCCCUGGUUAUCUGAGAUAGGAGAUACAAACUUUGUAAUUCUAAUAAUGCACUCAGUUUACUCUCUCCCUCUACUAAUUUCCUGCUGAAAAUAACACAACAAAAAUGUAACGGGAAAUUUUAUACCAUGACUGAAAACUAGAGUCCCACUUACAUAGUUGAAAUAUCAAGGAGGUCAGAAGAAAAUUGGAUGGUGAAAACAGAAAAAAUACUCCGGUCUGCCAUAUCACCACACAAUAGGAUCCCCCAUCUUGCCCUCCACCCCCACAAGAUUGUGAAGGGUUUAAUGCUCCUUCCAUCUGCCUGACCCCUUCACUAUGACUACACAGAAUCUCCUGAUAGUAAAGGGGGCUGGAGGCAAGGAUAAGUUAUAGAGCAGUUGGAGGAAGCAUCCAAAGAUUGCAACCCAGGGCAAUUUGAAAACAGGAGAUCCUAAUAUGAAAGAAAAAUGGAUCCCAAUCUGAGAAAAGGCAAAAGAAUGGCUACUUUUUUCUAUGCUGGAGUAUUUUCUAAUAAUCGUGCUUGACCCUUAUCUGACCUCUUUGGAAACUAUAACAUAGCUGUCACAGUAUAGUCACAAUCCACAAAUGAUGAAGGUGCAAAUGGUUUAUAGCCCUGUGAAGUUCUUAAAGUUUAGAGGCUAACUUACAGAAAUGAAUAAGUUGUUUUGUUUUAUAGCCUGGUAGAGGAGUUAACCCCAAAGGUGAUAUGGUUUUAUUUCCUGUUAUGUUUAACUCAAUAAUCUUGUUCUGGCGUUCUUUUCCCAUUGACUGUAUACAUCUCUAUUUCUCAAAUGUUCACGGAACUAGCUCUUUUACUUUCCUGCUGGUUUCUUCAGUAAUGAGUUAAAUAAAACAUUGACACAUACAAACAAA